GGUAGGCCUCAGCAUCAUCGAAGGUCUCUCGAAGGUGCAGCAUUUUAGCUUAGUUUGCGGUCUGAAUGAUUACAGUGACUUGUGUCUAAACAACAACUACAGCAUUACAAUUGAAAGUUUGUCACUAGGGAGUUUUAGCGCCUUUUAGCGGCGAGAUGUUUAUAACACCACGCACAGAUCCCAAAGUGAUGACGUGGGGCGGUUCGCCUGCUGGACGCGAAGGAUGGCCGACCAAAGCAGACAAAUCAAACUCGCAGCUGCCAAGAAAAAGCUUAAGGAGUUUCAGCUGAAGAGUUCCCCAGCCAAUGGAGGAGGAGGGGCAAAGAAGAGGAGAAAGAUGAAGGGAGGAGGCAAUGAGCCCUUGGGAGACAGACACUGUCUGGACAAUACUUAUGCUAAUACAGAGAACAGAGGGUCCCCGGUCACCAAUCUGCUAGAGGAGUCGAGCACAGGGUUGGACACUGGCUUCCCUUUCACUGGCCCUACUAGCACUAGUACCAAACCUGCUUCUAACUCAGAGUGUGUCAGCUGUGACACUGACUUACAGCACUGUAACUCUGGCACCAAUGACAAUGAGAGCUUGGUAGAGGAAAAUAGACCCCUUUCAUCCACAGAGAGUCUGCGCCAGCUCUCCCAGCAGCUCAAUGGCCUGCUCUCAGAGGCAUCUACAAUUUACGUGAAUGGUGACAGUACUCCGUCGCCAGUCAAUCAGAAAAAGCUGGAGAGUCGGAACGAUGAGCUAGCAGCCGCCCUGGACUCCAGCAGCCUAGAAAACUCGCAUCUCAAUACCAAGCUAGACCAGCUGACAAAGCAAUUUCAGGAGCUGACGGAUCAACUUCAGAAGGAACGCAAAGAAUUUGAUCAGAAGUUUGGAAGAGAGCAAGGAGCAAUGCGGGAACAACUGCAGGUACACAUCCAGACAAUAGGCAUCCUGGUGUCUGAGAAAUCUGAGUUGCAGACAGCAUUGUCAUACACUCAGCAGGCUGCUCGGCAGAAAACGGGGGAUGCUGAGGAGCUGAGCAAUCGUCUCCAGGCCACCAGGCAGAGAGUCUCUGAGCUUGAAAGAACACUCUCCUCCAUCUCCACACAACAAAAACAGUUGGAAAAGCAUCACAAAGAACUUGAAAAGGAGAAGGAGGACCUGAGGCUGGAGGUGUAUAGACUCAAUAAUGUGAGUGAUGAGGCCAAGCAACAGAACUCUGAGCUGAUAGAGCAGCUAAAGCUGGGGGUGAGCCAGAACAAUACACUGAGACUGGAACUAGAUGAACUGCGCAAGAGGCUUGAAAUGGCAGACACCAUGCUGCAGCAGUUCUCUAGUCAGUCGGAUCAUUCCAAUGCUAACCAACAAAUACAGUUACUACUGGAGGAGAAACAUCAGCUGGUGGCACACACCGCCCAGCUGAUGGAGUCAGUGGUACAGCUGCAGACAGAGAGAGACCGCUACAACGAGAAGAUCCAAGAGGAGGGCCAAGUUUGGAAGGACAAGACUGAACAAUUGCUGUCUCAGGUGGCCCUAGUUGCAGAGGAAAGAGACAGGAGAAUCAACCAGGUCCAGGAACAUGAGGCUACCAUUGAGGAGCUAAAGAAUUCUGCAUUGGAGCAGUCCCUGAAGAGCAAGGCCCAGGCAGACCCACUGCCCCCGGGGCCCUCAGAGAGAGAACUGUUGCUACAGGAGGCUCUGAGCAGCCUACAUCAGGAAAAGGAAGUCCUUGACAUACAGUACCAGGCUCAACUGCGAGACAAUGAGCAGCUCAGUCAUAUGUGCUUGGAGCAGGAGGAACGUCUGGCAGAGCUGGAGAGGCAUGCAGAACAGGAGGCAGGGGAGGCUGAAGACCGUCGGCGAAUGCUGGACGACGUGCAGAGCGACAAGGCCACCAUCAGCCGUGCACUAGCACAGAACCGCACACUCAAGGACCAACUGGCUGAGCUGCAAAAUGGCUUUGUCAAACUGACCAAUGAGAACAUGGAGCUGACUAGUGCCAUCCAAUCGGAGCAGCAUGUAAAAAAGGAGCUGGCGAGAAAAAUGGGACAGCUGCAAGUGGACCUGCAUAACUUCAAGGAGCAGUUGGAUCACAAGUCCAAGGAGUCGCAGGCACUGCAGGAACAGAGGGAUCAGCUGUUGGCCUAUCUUCAACAGUACUCUGCAGGCUACCAGAACCUGGCCUCUGAGAGGGAGGAGCUGCACAAACACUACUUGCAGCACAGCCAGCUAAUGGACCGGCUGCAGCACAAUGAGGCCAAGGGACGUGUCCAGCUGGAGAUUAACCAGAAGCGGCUGGAACAGACCCUGGAGUCUCUGGAACAGCUGACCAGAGACAACCAGCAGCUUAAGACAGAAGUGCAGGAGCUCAACAGCUCGACUUUGGCCACACCCCUCAGAGACCAAGGAGACGGAGUGGAGAGCCAAUUGCCACAGGAAGUCUCUCAGAAGUCCUCCACCAUCAUCCUACCAAAGGACUUUGAAAACCGGGAAGUGAUGGUGGAGGUGGAGAUGGAGAGGGAUGAGAUGAGGAGCAGACUGGAAAAGGAAACAAGCCUAGACACUCACCACCAGGCAGCAGAACUGAGCAUAGAGCACCAACAACACAGUAACAGCCAUGACUGCCACCUAGACUACAACCACUGUUUACAUGACUAUGGGCAUGACAUCAAAAAAAGAAAUGAUCACAAACAUACAGACUUGGAAGGUGGAGUCCCAGUAGAAGUCUAUGAGGCAUUGAGGGUUUCUACAGAGAAACUUCAGAUGCGCUUCACCUCCCUAAUGCAGGAGAAGGCGGACCUGAAGGACAGAAUGGAAGAACUAGAGCACCGCUGUAUCCAGCUGUCUGGAGAGACUGACACUAUAGGGGAGUACAUAGCCUUGUACCAGAACCAAAGAGCCAUCAUGAAGCAGAGACACAUCGAAAAGGAGCAGUGCAUCAGCAUCCUUGCCCAAGACAAAGAGGAGAUGAAAGCCAAGUUGUUGGAGCUGCAGGACCUGGUGAUGUGUCUGGUGGGGGAGAGGAACGAGUGGUACAGUCGCUACUUAGCCACCAUAACCGACUUCAGUGCCAUAGCCAACCCCAACCCGCUGCCUGGUGGAGAAGAAGCAAGAGAGGAUCCCUCUGCUCAGAGCCGCAUAGAGCUGAACUCUGUGAACAGGCCAGAAGCAAUGGAGCACUGCACUGUCAUUGAUCCCGCCUCGUAUCCUGCUCCAGGGUUCAGCAUCAGCCUCACCCAGACCCAAGUCCCCUCAGUGGAGUUGAUUGCCCCCAAGCCCCCUCACCUGCUGGGGGAGGAUGUUACAGCCUGCCAGAUCUUGAAGCUCCUGCAGGAGAUCCAAAACCCCCAGGGACCCACUCGCUCAACCCCUUUCUUAGGGGAUAACCCCUGCAUCCCCUUCUUUUACAGGCCCGACGAGCAGGAUGAGGUCAAGAUCCUUGUCAUCUAAGUCCCUGCUGAUGGCACUGAUAGGAAAGAGGUGAUGUUGAAGAGGUGGUAUGUGCCCUAUGAAUCCUCACAGGUACAGAGUUUGUGAAGACAGUUUUUGUGUUUUUGACUUGAUACUCGAUUCUGUCAGCAUCUUUCCUCUUCCCCAGUCAGUUAAGAGACACACGUUUGUUUUUUACUCUGUAUUUUGGAGAGAUUAUAUGUAAAUGAUAUUUCCACCUUUUCCUAAUUCAUGUCCUCUUCCAUUCUAUGUCCUCUAGAACCCUAGUACAUUUACAACCUCCAUGAUAAAUCUUAGAUGCAAUAAAAUGUCUCUGUAGACUUUUGUAGACAAAUCAGCAGCAAAUGCGGUUUGUUCUUAUUUGUACUCUUAGUUUGUACUCACUGUGGCAGUUUUUCUUUAUUUAUCAGACCCACAUGCUUUUCCUGCCAAGAGCAAAAGGUUUGAAUGCAGCAGAUUUUUCAAACUUUGUGCAUUCUUGUGAGAUAGAAUGGUGGAUGGGAGUGUAUAAGCCUGCAGAGACUAUUAGGAUGCCCGGGAUUGCUGUGUGGGAGGGCGGCAUGUACAGCAGUUGGACUAUAGGUGGGUUGGAGUCCCAGGGUAGAAGGAUCUUUAUCCUCAGUAGGCGUAUAAUAGAAGUCUUGGAAAAGUCAGAAAGGUGUUAUGAAAACAUUUUAAACUCUAGUAUUUGGAGCAAGAUUAGUUUUUUGGUUUAAGCACAGUUUAAUAAUGUCAUGAAAGAAAAUUAUUUAAAUGGUUAUGGCCCUAACCUACAACUAUCUUUUCUAUCCAUCCUCUUUCAAAGGAGUAAACACUGAAGAUCUUGAUCUGUACUGUAGAACCUAGCUUUUAUUUAUGUAUCUGAGUGAGCUAGGUAGGCCUAUAUCCAAAUAGUCAUGAUAUGCAUCUAAUCAUACUUUCCAUAUUUUGUGUCAAAGCACUCAGGGAUGAGUGACAUCAAGGCAGGGUCAUCAUCUCAAUCCUUCUUUUCAGCUUUUUUGGUUGUUUCCCUUUCUUCAUAUCAUGGAUCCUUUGAAAUGCUUACAAGGACUAGAGGAAGUUGAGAUGUACUGUAGAAAGCUUUUAAAGAUCACGGCUGUAUCUUUUGGCUGGACAGUAAAGCCAUCUACUGGUUCUAUGGUCAAAGCGAACCCAUGUGAUUUUAUAGGCUUUAUACUGCUGCCCAUUCAGGCUUAGGAUUCUGUUUGUAUCAAGACUAAAGAGAUUAAACUAAACUGUGUGUGGACAGAGUGCACAAAUUACAAGUAUGCAUGCAUGUAAAUAUUAACUGAGAGAGUUGUAUUAAUUCUAGUAACACAAGACGGAGCCAGUUGAUAGACUGCAUCAGGGAGUUUUCAGACAGAGUGGGCAAAUGUUCAAUAGUUAAUAAAUGGCAACUGCUCAACAUAUCUGCUCUGCAUUUAUGGUGAAAACUAUAACACCCUACAGUUCUGGGAAGAUUCUUUGCUACAAGGCAAAGUAUUCAUAAAUGUUUAUUUUGAUGCAUCCAUUUAGCAUUAUAGUUGAACCCAUGUAUGGAAGAUCUCAAUUAAGAUGUGAUCACCACUAAAUAAAAAAUAAAAAACUACUUCACUGA